AAAGUGCGGUGGAGGCUUUCAUGCCAGAGAAAUUAGUUCCGGAGGCGGUUUUGGGGCUGGAAAGAAGGAGGGAGGGAGUCCCCCCCUUCUUUCCUUCUUUCGGCGGAGGAAUCUGGGGCUGGAGAGACAGAAGCAGAGGCGGCGAGGGAGAGUCUGGUGGCUGGCUGUGCUUUUGCAUUGCAGUCCCUUCCUCUCCCUGCCUUUGGGAAGCCUCCCUCUCUGGGCAAGGGCUGAAGGCAAGGCGCUGGAAGAGAGGGAGAGGGGCUCCUUUGCCUUGUCUUUGGGACACCAAAAGUUUGGAGAGUUGGAGAAGCCUCCUAAUUUGGGUCGGGCUCAAGACCGGCCAGCUGCUUCUCCUCCUCCUCCUCCGUUUGCCACACUACAAGCAAAGUUACUUUUGGGGGAAGGGCGCUGAUCCUUUGAUUUCUGAGCCUGAGAGGGACUUCCCUCAACAACCUGGGCGAAGGCAGCUUUGCAAGGAGUUGGGUUAGGGCCCUUUCCCUCAGCAACUCUGGACUUUGGAGAAGUGAAGCAGAGAGGCAUGGACAAAUCCCUCAUGCUUAGAGAUGGGCAGAGUCUAGACGACCAUCAUGCCACCUUAACUACAUCCAGUCUCAUCUGAUUUUGGAAGCUGAGCAGGGUUGGACUUGAUUAGUCCUUGGAUGGGAGACCACAAGAGAGAAUACCUGGGAUCUUAAGGUUUUUGGAAACUGUCCCCAUGGAGAGCCAUUUCACCAUGCUGCUGGUGCUGCUUCUCCUCCUGCUUGUGCACCAUUUUGGAAAUGGUGAAGGAAAUCCAAGACCGGACCACACAUUGCCAAUGCAGUUCACUCAACUUCACUACAAUGCUACUGUAUAUGAAAACUCUGCAGUCAAGACCUAUGUCGGACAUCCAGUAAAAAUGGGCAUUUAUAUCACAAACUCUCUGUGGGAUAUAAAAUACAAAAUAAUUUCUGGGGACAAUGAGAACUUGUUCAAAGCCGAAGAGCAUCUUUUGGGAGACUUUUGCUUUUUACGAAUACGGACCAAAGGAGGGAACACAGCUAUACUUAAUAGAGAAGUAAAAGACCACUAUAUAUUAACUGUUAAAGCAACAGAGAAGAACACAAAUGCAGAAGCUCGCACAAAAGUAAGAGUUCAAGUAUUGGAUACAAAUGAUCUAAGGCCAUUGUUUUCUCCAACUUCUUACAGUGUAUCUUUGCCUGAGAAUACAGCAAUAAGGACCAGCAUUGCAAGAGUAAGCGCAACAGAUGCUGAUAUUGGAACCAAUGGGGAGUUUUAUUACAGUUUUAAAGAGAGGACAGAUAUGUUUGCUAUACAUCCAACAAGUGGUGUGGUAGUUUUAACUGGCAGACUGGACUAUUCAGAAACAAAAAUCUAUGAGAUGGAAAUCCUUGCUGUGGAUCGUGGCAUGAAAUUGUACGGUAGCAGUGGUAUCAGUAGCAUGGCAAGAUUAACUGUUCAUAUAGAGCAAGCUAAUGAGUAUGCUCCGGUGAUUACAGCCCUUGCUUUAUCUCCAUCAGAGCUGGACAAGGAUCCAGCAUAUGCAGUUGUAAUUGUUGAGGACAGGGAUCAUGGUUCAAAUGGAGAGAUAGCAUCUCUAAGCAUUGUGGCAGGAGAUCCACUAGAGCAGUUCAGAGCUGUGAGGACUUUCCCGGGAGGAAAAGAAUAUAAAAUCAAAGCUGUUGGUAGUAUUGAUUGGGAGAGCCAACCCUUUGGUUAUAAUCUUACUCUGCAAGCUAAAGACAAAGGGAGUCCUCCAAAAUUUUCUUCUGUAAAAGUAAUUCAUGUAGCAUCUCCCCAGUUUAGGUUUGGGCCAGUCCAUUUUGAAAGGGAGGUUUACAGAGCUGAAAUAAGUGAAUUUGCCCCACCAAACACUCCUGUGGUUAUGGUAAAAUUUUCACCUACAUAUUCCCACUUGAAAUAUGUGUUUAAAAAUGUACCAAGCAAAGUCAGAUUCAACUUGAACCCUCACACUGGCCUUAUUGCUACUCUAGAUCCCAUAAAAGCACAAUAUGCAUCCCAUUUUGAAUUUGACAUUAUGACAAGUGACAGAAAAGCAUCUACAAGAGUAGUGAUUAAAGUCAUAGAUGUGAAUACUCACUCCCCUGAAUUUACCCAGAUGUCUUAUAGAGCUUCCUUUGAUGAAAAUGUUCCUGUAGGUACAAGUGUCAUGCGUGUGAAUGCAAAAGAUCUGGAUGAAGGUGAAAAUGGCUAUGUGACGUAUAGUAUUGCAAAUGUAAACCCUGUUCCGUUUGUGAUAAACCAUUUCACUGGUGUUAUCAGUACCUCUGAAAGCAUGGACUAUGAAUUGAUGCCAAGAGUCUAUAAACUGAGAGUUCGUGCAUCUGACUGGGGCACACCGUAUCGGCGAGAAGUUGAAGCCCCUGUUACUAUAGUUCUAAAUAAUUUGAAUGAUAACACUCCACUAUUUGAGAAAAUCAAUUGUGAGGGAACAAUUCCCAGGGAACUUGGUGUUGGAGAACAAAUAACAACGGUGUCUGCUAUUGAUGCUGAUGAGCUUCAGUUGGUGCAAUACCAAGUUGUAUCUGGAAAUGAAUUAGAUUUAUUUACUCUAAAUCCAAAUUCUGGAGUUCUUUCCCUGAAACACUCAUUGGUAGAUGGCAUAGGUGCCAAAACAUCUUUUCAUAGCUUGAGAAUAACUGCUACAGAUGGAGAAAACUUUGCAGCACCCUUAUAUAUUAACAUUACUGUAGUUGCCAGCCGCAAACCAGUAAAGUUGCAGUGUGAAGAGACUGGUGUAGCCAAAAUGCUGGCAGAAAAGCUCCUGCAGGCAAAUAAACUACAUGGGCGGGGUGAAGCUGAGGAUGCAUUUUUUGACACUCAUUCUGUAAAUCUGCAUGCACCUCAGUUUGCAACUAGUCUUCCCAGUAGCAUUGAAGUAAAAGAAGACCUAUUUGUAGGUUCCAACAUCCUACUUAUUAAUGCCACCGAUCUUGACACUGGUUUCAAUGGAAAGUUGGUCUAUGCUAUCUCUGGAGGAAAUAAUGAUAGCAGCUUUGUCAUUGGUAUGGAAACAGGAAUGCUAAAAAUCUUAUCUCCCCUUGACCGAGAAGUCAAAGAUAAAUAUACAUUGAAUAUUACAGUUUACGAUCUUGGAAUACCACAGAAGUCUGACUGGCAUCUUUUAGAUAUAAGAGUUCUAGAUGCCAAUGACAAUCAUCCAGAAUUUUUACAGGAUAGCUAUUUUGUUGAUGUGAGUGAAAACAAGGAUCUGAAUACAGAAAUAAUCCAAAUAGAAGCCAUAGAUAAAGAUAUAGGAACUAAUGGGGAAGUACGGUACUCGAUUCUUACAGACACUGAUAAGUUUUCUAUUGACAGUGUAACGGGUAUUGUAAAAGUUAUAGGACCCUUGGAUCGUGAAGAUCAACCUCUAUAUUUUCUGAAAAUACAAGCUAGAGAUCAAGCAAAAGAAGAAUCACAGAUGUCUUCAACUGUUCUGCUGAAAGUAUCUUUGGAAGAUGUCAAUGAUAAUCCUCCUAAAUUUAUUCCAUCAAAUUAUCGUGUGAAAAUUCGAGAAGAUCUUCCAGAAGGAACAAUUAUCACAUGGUUGGAAGCUUAUGAUCCUGAUGUAGGCCAGUCAGGUCAAGUGCGGUACAGUCUUUUGGAUGGUGGGGAUGGAAGCUUUGAUGUAGAUAAACUCAGUGGAGCAAUCCGUAUUGUACAAGGACUGGAUUUUGAGAGGAAGCAAGUGUAUAAUCUAACAGUACGGGCAAAAGACAAGGGAAAGCCAAUUUCAUUGUCUUCUACUUGUUAUGUUGAGAUUGAAGUAGUUGAUGUCAAUGAAAAUUUGUACCCUCCGCGCUUUCCUAACUUUGUGGAUAAGGGUUUUAUAAAUGAAGAUGUUCCCAUUGGUACUUCAGUGAUGACUGUGUCUGCUUAUGAUGAAGAUACAGGACGAGAUGGUGAAAUUAGAUACUCGAUAAGAGAUGGAUCUGGUGUUGGAGUGUUCAAAAUAGACGAAGAGAAAGGUACAAUAGCAACUGCUGGUUUACUUGACCGAGAGACUACUUCCCAUUAUUGGCUAACUGUUUAUGCAACAGACCAGGGUGUUGUUCCUCUGUCCUCCUUUGUUGAAAUCUACAUAGAAGUUGGUGAUGUUAACGACAAUGCUCCGCAAACUACACAGCCUGUUUAUUACCCAGAAGUCUUGGAAAACUCACCCAAGGAUGUGUCAGUCAUUCAGAUCGAGGCCUUUGAUGCAGACUCAGAUACUAAUGACAAGCUGACCUACAAGAUUACCAGCGGAAAUCCACAGGGAUUCUUCUCCAUCAAUCCAAAAACUGGUUUGCUGCCUGACCUAUCAUCUCUCCUUGAGGCUGAGAGAAAAGAUUUCCAUGUUCUUGUAACAGUUGCAGACAAUGGUAUACCAUCAAAAUCCACCCUUGCCCGCGUCUUUGUGAAGAUCUUGGACGAAAAUGAUAAUAGACCUCAGUUCUUGCAAAAGUUCUAUCAAAUCAAAUUGCCUGAACGUGAGAAACCAGAGAGAGAGAGGACUGCCAGAAGGGAGCCUAUCUACCGUGUAGUAGCUGCUGACAAAGAUGAAGGACCCAAUGCAGAAAUAUCUUACAGCAUUGAGGAUGGUGAUGAGCAUGGCAAAUUUUUUAUUGACCCAAUAACAGGAGUGGUAUCGUCUAAGAAGUAUUCUGGAGCUGGUGAAUAUGACAUCCUUACAAUCAAAGCAGUGGAUAAUGGUCGCCCGCAAAAGUCAUCAACAGCUCGUCUCCAUAUAGAAUGGAUCCCCAAGCCCAGUCCAGCCUCCGGACCAUUUUCUUUUGAUGAAUCAUUUUUUUCCUUUACUGUCAUGGAAAGUGACCCAGUUGCUCACAUGAUUGGUGUAAUUACUGUAGAGCCCCUUGGCAUACCACUGUGGUUUGAGAUUACAGGUGGCAACUCUGACAGCCGCUUUGAUGUGGACAAGGGUACUGGAACUAUUGUUGUCGCUAAACCUCUUGAUGCAGAACAGAAAUCAAAUUACAAUCUGACAGUAGAAGCAACAGAUGGAACUAGAACCAUUGGGACUCAGGUUUAUAUUAAGGUAAUAGACACAAAUGAUCAUAGGCCAGAGUUUUCUUCAUCUGAAUACCAAGUCAUUAUACCAGAAGACACAGUGCCAGAAACUGAAAUUUUGCAAAUCAGUGCCACAGAUAAAGAUGAGAAGAAUAAACUAAUUUAUACUAUGCAAAGUAGCAUAGAUCCUGUCAGCCUUAAGAAAUUUCGUCUGGAUCCUGCAACUGGCUCUCUUUAUACAUCAGAAAAAUUGGAUCAUGAAGUCAUACAUCAACACGUUCUCACAGUGAUGGUACGGGAUCAAGAUGUUCCUGUCAAGCGCAAUUUUGCUAGAAUAAUCAUUAAUGUCAGUGACACAAAUGAUCAUGCACCUUGGUUCACAAGUUCUUCCUACAAAGGGAGAGUGUAUGAGUCGGCAGCUGUUGGAUCAGUGGUUCUCCAGGUUACAGCACUGGAUAAGGACAAAGGGGAAAAUGCAGAAAUUGUAUACUCCAUAGAAUCAGGGAAUAUUGGAAAUGCUUUUAACAUGCAUCCCAUCUUAGGCAGUAUUAUCACUGCAAAAGAAUUAGACCAGAGCAGUCAAGAGGAAUAUACUUUGAUGGUGAGAGCAACAGAUAAAGGCAACCCACCAAUGAGUGAAGUAACAUCUGUGCAUAUUUCAGUUACAAUCUCGGAUAAUGCAUCCCCAAAAUUCACAAUGAGAGAAUACUCCACAGAAAUAAGUGAAGGCAGCAGCAUUGGCAGUUUUGUUGGAAUGGUUAUUGCAUACAGUCAGUCAUCUGUAGUUUAUGAAAUAAAAGAUGGCAAUAUAGGUGAUGUCUUCACUAUCAAUCCAAACUCUGGUGUCAUUACCUCUCAGAAGGCUCUUGAUUAUGAAACAUUGUCAUUUUAUAGCCUAACCAUUCAGGGAACCAACAUGGCUGGCCAGUCCACUAACACAACUUUAUUGGUGCAUCUACAAGAUGAGAAUGAUAAUGCACCAACUUUUAUGCAGACAGAAUACACGGGACUCAUCAGUGAAUCAGCUUCAGUUAACAGUGUGGUUCUAACAGACAGCAAUGUCCCUUUAGUGAUACAAGCCACAGAUGCUGACAAAGACUCAAAUGCUUUGCUGGUCUAUCAGAUCGUUGAGCCAUCUGUCCACAAGUAUUUCGCCAUUGAUUCCAGUACAGGAGCCAUUCACACAGUAAUGAGUUUGGACUAUGAAGAGAGAAAUAUGUUUCACUUUUCAGUGCAAGUGUCCGAUAUGGGGACUCCACGCUUAUUUGCAGAAUAUGCAGCAAAUGUUACUAUUUAUGUCAUUGACAUCAACGAUUGCCCUCCUGUGUUUUCUAAAGAUCUAUAUGAAGCAACAGUUUUGGUGCCAACCUAUAAAGGAGUGAAAGUUGUUAUGGUAAAUGCAACGGAUGCUGAUUCAGAAACCUUUUCACGACUCAUGUAUUCUAUCACAGAGGGUAACAUUGGAGAAAAAUUUUCAGUUGAUUCCAAGACUGGUCAGAUUAUUGUACAAAAUAUAACUCAGUUAAGAAGCAGAUAUGAAUUAACAGUCAGAGCAUCAGAUGGCAGAUUUUCAAGCAUCACAUAUGUAAAAAUUAAUGUAAAAGAAAGCAAAGCAAGCCAACUGAAGUUCACACACAGUCCCUACUAUGCUGUAGUUCAAGAGAAUUCCACAGAGACAAAGACAUUAGCUGUUAUCACUGCUAUAGGGAAUCAAAUAAAUGAGCCUUUGUUUUAUCAUAUUCUAAACCCAGACAAUAGAUUUAAAAUUAGCUACACUUCAGGAGUCCUUUCAACUACUGGAAUACCAUUUGAUCGUGAGCUGCAAGACUCCUUUGAUAUUGUGGUAGAAGUGACAGCGGAACAUAAGCCAUCACUAAUUGCACAUGUUGUGGUGAAGGUUACUGUAGAAGACAUAAAUGAUAAUCCCCCUGUUUUUGUCAGUCUUCCAUAUUAUGCCACUGUUAAAAUAGACACGGAAGUGGGUCACGUUAUUCGGCGUGUGACUGCUGUAGAUAAGGAUAUUGGUAGAAAUGGAGAAGUUCAUUAUUCCCUCAGAGAGCAAUAUGGCCACUUCCAAAUAGGAAACACUGGUGAAAUUUCACUCAAGAAACAGUUUGACCCAGACACACUAAAUAAAGAGUAUAUUCUCACUGUGGUUGGAAAGGAUGGAGGACAGCCUAGUUUUUCUGCUGAAGUGACAUUCCCAGUCACUGUUGUGAAUAAAGCCAUGCCAGUAUUUGAAAAGGCUUUCUACAGUGCAGAGAUACCAGAAAAUAUCCAGAUCCAUAGUCCUGUUGUUCAUGUGCAGGCAAAUAGCCCAGAGGGGCUCAAAGUAUGCUAUAGCAUCACAGAUGGUGACCCUUUCAGUCAGUUUACUAUAAACUUUAAUACAGGAGUUAUUAAUACUUUUGCCCCACUAGAUUUUGAAUCUCACCCUGCCUACAAACUCAGCAUCCGUGCAACUGAUUCAUUAACUGGAGCUCAUGCUGAAGUAUUUGUUGACAUAAUAGUUGAAGACAUCAAUGAUAAUCCUCCUCUCUUUACAGAGCAAUUUUAUACUGCCACCCUUUCUGAAGCAGCUAUAAUUGGAACAUCUGUUGCACGUGUCCGGGCUACAGAUGCUGAUUCCGGAACAAAUGGGGGUAUUUCUUAUCACUUGGUAGAAAACAACAACAAGAGUCGUGAUUAUUUUCACAUAGAUAGCAGCACUGGGAUCAUUCUGACAACAAGGAGUUUGGAUUAUGAACAGUCUCAGCAACACACAUUGCUAGUAAGAGCAAUUGACAGUGGAAUGCCUCCAUUGAGCAGUGACAUUAUAGUAACUGUUGGCGUAACAGACCUGAAUGAUAACCCACCAAUAUUUAACCAGCUGCUUUAUGAAGCUAACAUCAGUGAACUGGCUCCCCGUGGGCACUUUGUAACUUGUGUAAAAGCCUCAGAUGCAGAUACUUCAGAUGUGGGCAAGCUGGAAUAUUUUAUAUUAACAGGCAAUGAUCACAUGAAUUUUGUAAUCAACAGCAAAACUGGAGUUAUCACCCUAUCAAACUUACAUAAACUGACUUUGAAACCUGUUUACCAUUUUAAUGUAACUGUUUCUGAUGGGGUCUUCAGAAGCUCAGCUCAGGUUCUCAUAAAUAUAAUUGGAGCCAAUUUGCAUAGUCCCCUUUUCAGUCAGAAUGAAUAUGAAGUAGAACUCUCUGAGAAUGCUCCACUGCAUACCUUGGUGACAGAGGUUAAAGCAACUGACAAAGAUAGUGGCAGCUAUGGCUCUAUCACAUACCAUAUUGUAAAUGAUUUUGCAAAAGAUAGAUUUUAUACUAAUGAGAGGGGUCAAAUAUUUACCUCAGAAAAACUUGAUCGUGAAAAUCAAGCUGAAAAAGUAAUCUUCAUUAGGUUAAUGGCCAAGGAUUCUGGUGGAAAAGUGGCUUUCUGCAGUAUCAAUGUUAUACUUACUGAUGUAAAUGAUAAUGCUCCUUUGUUUCGAGCAACAGAGUAUGAAGUCAAUAUUGGUUCAGAUGUUCCAAGAGGAACAUCUGUUAUCAAGGUUUUAGCUUCUGAUGCUGACGAGGGUACCAAUGCUGACAUCACUUAUACAAUUGAAGCAGACUCUGCAAAUGUUCAGGAGAAUUUAGAAAUUGAUCAUUUGACUGGGGUAAUAAAUACAAAAGAAAGUUUAAUUGGUUUAGAAAAUGAGUUUCUCACCUUCUUUGUUAGAGCAGUAGAUGGUGGUUCCCCACAGAAGGAAUCUCGUGUUCCUCUCUACAUUAGGAUACUCUCCCCUGAAGUACAUAUUCCAAAAUUUUCAGAACCAUUUUAUUCUUACACUCUUUCUGAAGACAUUCCUAUUGGAACUGAAAUUGAUAUUAUACGAGCAGAGCACACACAGAACUUGCUAUAUACUCUUGUGAAAGGAAAUACCCCUGAAAGUAACAGAGAUGAAUAUUUUGUGAUAGACAAGCAGAAUGGAAAGCUAAAACUUGAGAAGAGCCUUGAUCAUGAGACAACUAAGUGGUACCAGUUUUCAGUACUAGCACACUAUGUGAAUGAAGAUUACAAUGUAGGUUCUUCAGUAGACGUAAGUAUUCAGAUAAGAGAUGCAAAUGACAAUGAACCAAUCAUAGAGUCUAAUCCAUACAAAGCAUUCAUUGUGGAAAACAUGCCAGCUGGAACAAAAGUCAUCCAAGUAAAAGCAACUGACCAAGAUUCUGGAAGCAAUGGGCAGGUUACUUACAGGCUGUACCCAACUCAAGAUCCUGAUAUCUUUGAGUCUUUUGCCAUAAAUGUGGAAACGGGCUGGAUUACUACACUGAAAGAGCUUGAUCAUGAGAAGCAGAACAAAUACAAAAUUAUUGUGGUGGCAUCUGACCGGGGUGAAAAAACGCAAUUGUCUUCUACUGCAGUUGUUGAAGUUUCUAUAACGGAUGUCAAUGAUAACCCACCUCGCUUCACUGCGGAGAUUUAUAAAGGAACAGUUAGUGAAGAUGACCCAACUGGAGGCGUAGUUGCUAUUUUGAGCACCACAGAUGCUGAUUCAGAAGAUGUUAACAGACAAGUCAACUAUUUUAUCACAGGAGGUGAUCCAUUGGGACAAUUUGCUGUGGAAAAUAUACAGAACGAAUGGAAAGUAUAUGUCAGAAAGCCUCUGGACAGAGAAGUAAAGGAUAAUUAUCUUCUAAAUAUCACAGCAACUGAUGGGAUGUUUGCAACAAAAGCUGUGGUGGAAGUUAAAGUCCUUGAUUCAAAUGACAAUAGCCCUGUUUGUGAAAAGACAUUAUACACAGAGACUGUCCCAGAAGAUUCCCCACCUGGCAAACUCAUCAUGCAGAUCUUAGCCACUGAUGCAGAUAUCCGUUCCAAUGCAGAAAUAGUGUACACGCUACAUGGUGCUGGAGCCGAAGACUUCACACUCAGUCCAGACACAGGUGAGCUGAAAACAUUAGCAGCGCUUGACCGUGAGCAAAAGUCAGUAUAUGCUUUUUUGGCCAAGGCUUCGGAUGGAGGAGGAAGGUUUUGCCAGACGAAUAUUAUUCUGACUAUAGAAGACGUGAACGAUAACAUUCCAGAGUUUACAGCAGAUCCAUACACUAUCACAGUAUUUGAAAACACAGAGCCAAAAACAUUGUUGACAAGAGUUCAAGCUACAGAUGCAGACACUGGAUUAAAUCAGAAGAUUCACUAUUCAUUGAUAAAUUCAGCAAAUGGGCAGUUUUCUAUUGAUGAAUUCUCCGGGAUUGUUCAGUUGGAAAAACCUUUGGAUAGAGAAUUACAGGCUGUUUAUUCUCUGAUUUUGAAAGCUGAAGAUGAAGGCUCUCCUAGAAGACUGUCUUCUACUGGCACACUUGUGAUUUCUGUUUUGGAUAUAAAUGACAAUCCACCUGUCUUUGAGUACAGAGAGUACAGUGCCACUGUAUCAGAAGACACACUGGCUGGAAUGGAGAUUCUUCAGGUUUAUGCUGCUAGCCGGGACAUUGAAGCCAAUGCCGAAAUCACCUAUUCUAUAGUUAGUGGAAAUGAACAUGGAAAAUUCAGUAUUGAUUCAAAAACAGGUGCUAUUUUUAUUAUUGGAACCCUUGAUUAUGAAAGCUCUCCUGAGUAUUAUCUGACAGUGGAAGCCACAGAUGGAGGAACUCCUUCACUGAGUGAUGUUGUAACAGUGAAUAUAAAUGUAACAGAUAUAAAUGACAAUACUCCAGUAUUCAGUCAAGACACUUACACCGCAGUUAUCAGUGAAGAUGCUGAGGUUGAACAAGCAAUUGUAACAGUUAUGGCAGCAGAUUCUGAUGGGCCUUCAAACAGCUACAUUCGUUACUCCAUUAUAGAUGGCAACCAAGAAAACCAGUUCACAAUUGACCCCACCUUGGGUGAAGUUAAAGUGGCUAAACUUCUUGACAGAGAAAAGAUUUCAGGUUACACUUUGACAGUUCAAGCCACAGACAAUGGAAGUCCACCUAGAAUCAACACAACUAAAGUCAAUAUCGAUGUAUCAGAUGUAAAUGACAAUCCACCAGUGUUCUCGAAAGGGAACUAUAGUAUCAUUAUCCAGGAAAAUAAGAAUAUUGGAUUUAACAUCCAGCAACUGGUAGUGACAGACAAGGAUUCCUCUCACAAUGGACCGCCUUUCUUUUUCACCAUUGUGGAUGGCAAUGAAGACCAUGCUUUUGAGAUUAACCAGCAAGGAAUACUUACAACUGCUAUUCAACUGAAACGCAAAGUGAAGGAUCAUUAUUUUCUUCACGUCAAGGUGGCUGAUAAUGGAAGACCCCAGUUGUCAUCUUUGACAUAUGUUGACAUUAGAGUUAUUGAGGAAAGCAUCCAUCCUCCAGCAAUUCUGCCAUUAGAAAUCUUCAUCACGGCCUUUGGGGAAGAAUAUUCUGGUGGUGUCAUUGGAAAAGUCCAUGCAACUGACCAAGAUGUUUAUGACACUUUAACAUACAGUCUGGAUUCCAAGAUGGAAUCAAUGUUCUCUGUCUCUAGCACAGGCGGCAAGCUGAUUGCUCACAAAAAAUUAGAUAUAGGGCAGUACCUCCUUAACAUCAGUGUUACAGAUGGAAAGUUUACUACGGCAGCUGUCAUUACUGUACAUAUCAGACAAAUCACACAGGAAUUGCUAAAUCACAGCAUAGCGAUCCGUUUUGCCAACCUUGCCCCAGAGGAAUUCAUUGGUGAUUAUUGGCGCAAUUUCCAAAGAGCUUUAAGGACAAUUUUAGGAGUCAGAAGAAAUGACAUCCAUAUUAUUAGCUUGCAGUCCUCUGAUCCUCCCUCAAACCUUGAUGUGCUGCUAUUUGUGGAAAAGUCUGAUAAUUCUCAGCAUUCAACUCGAGCCCUGCUCCACAAGAUAAACUCCUCUGUAGCUGACCUUGAAGAGAUCUCAGGUGUCCGGAUACUUAAUGUUUUCCAUAAGCUCUGUUCAGGCCUGGAUUGCCCUUGGAAAUUCUGUGAAGAAAAAGUGACUGUGGAUAAGAAUGUUAUGUCAACCCACAGCACUGCCAGGUUGAGUUUUGUAACACCACAUCACCAGAGAAAUGCAGUUUGUCUUUGUAAAGAAGGAGGGUGCCCCCUUGUGAACAAUGCCUGUGAGGGAAGUCCGUGCCCUGAAGGUACUGAAUGUAUAACCGAUCCUAAGGAAGGGAGGUAUACAUGUAUUUGUCUUGGAAGCAGUCCUGCACAGUGCCCUGCUGGACCAGCAGUGACCUUUACUGGAAGCAGCUAUGUGAAAUAUCGUCUUUUGGAAAAUGAAAACAAGGAAGAAAUGAAGCUCAGUAUGAGACUCAGAACGUACUCUACUCAUGCAGUUGUCAUGUAUGCCCGUGGAACAGACUAUAGUAUUUUAGAGAUCCACCAUGGGAGGCUACAAUAUAAAUUUGACUGUGGAAGUGGUCCUGGAAUUGUGUCAGUACAGAGCAUUCAAAUCAAUGAUGGCCAGUGGCAUUCUGUGUCUCUUGAAGUUGAUGGAAACUAUGCCAAACUGAUUCUGGACAGAGUGCACACUGCCUCUGGUAUUGCUCCAGGUAGUUUAAGGACACUGAACCUAGACAACCAUGUCUUUUUUGGGGGUCACAUUCGACAGCAAAGUGCAAGGCAUGGAAGGAGCCCUCAGGUUAGCAAUGGCUUCAGAGGCUGUAUGGAUUCAAUUGUACUGAAUGGUCAAGAACUGCCACUAAACAGCAAACCUCGGACUUAUGCACAUAUGGAAGAAUCUGUGGAUGUAUCUCCUGGAUGUUUACUGAGCACUACCGAGGAUUGUUCAAGUAGUCCAUGUCAGAAUGGGGGCAUUUGUAAUCCAUUACCCAGUGGAGGCUAUUAUUGUAAGUGUGCAGCUUUAUUUAUGGGCACACACUGUGAUGUAAGUGUCAACCCAUGUGCUUCCAACCCUUGCCUUUAUGGUGGCACUUGCAUUCCUGUCAAUGAUGAUUUCAUCUGCCAGUGCAGAGGGCUGUAUACAGGCCAGAGGUGUCAGAUUGGUCCAUAUUGCAAAGACAACCCAUGCAAAAACAGUGGCACGUGUAUUGAUAGCUUAGAUGGACCUGUUUGUGAAUGUGAGGCAGGUUUUCAUGGAGAAAGGUGCUUGACCGACGUUGAUGAGUGCGUAGACAACCCAUGUCAGAAUGGUGCUCUCUGUGAGAAUACGUAUGGGGCCUAUCACUGUAACUGUAGCCAUGGAUUUGGAGGGAAGCAUUGUGCUGAGGUUCUUAACAAAUACAUUUCAACCUCAUGGAACAUUAGCUUAGGAGAAUUCAUUGGCAUUCUCAUCUUCAUAGCAGGAGUCUUCAUACUGGUUGGGAUUUUUGUUUUCUGCCGCCGAGUAAUCAGGAAGAAGAAGAAAAGCCAGCCCGAACCUGAGGACAAACAUCUGGGAACAACAACAGCAUUCUUGCAAAGACCAUAUUUUGAUGCAAAACUGAAUAAGAACAUUUAUUCUGACAUUCCACCUCAGGUGCCUGUUCGUCCUAUUUCGUAUACUCCAAGCAUUCCAAGUGAUUCAAGGAACAACUUGGACAGGAAUUCCUUUGAAGGUUCCACUAUUCCAGAACAUCCAGAGUUUACUACUUUUAAUCCAGAUUCUGUUCAUGGCCACAGGAAAGCAGUAGCUGUCUGCAGUGUAGCCCCUAAUUUACCUCCCCCUCCUCCAUCCAAUUCACCAUCCGACAGUGACUCGAUACAGAAGCCUAGCUGGGACUUUGACUAUGACGCUAAAGUUGUAGAUCUGGAUUCCUGCCUGUCAAAGAAGCCCUUGGAAGAGAAGGUUUCUCAGCCUUAUAGUGCUAGAGAGAGCAUGUCUGAAGUCCAGUCCCUUAGUUCGUUCCAGUCAGAGUCAUGUGAUGAUAAUGGAUAUCACUGGGAUACAUCUGACUGGAUGCCAAAUGUCCAACUGCCUGGCAUACAGGAGUAUCCAAAUUAUGAAGUGAUUGAAGAGCCAGCACCCCUGUAUACAGAUCCAAACUCCAUCGAUGCAGACUAUUACCCUGGAGGUUAUGACAUCGAGAGUGACUUCCCACCUCCUCCAGAUGACUUCCCAGUGCCUGACGACCUUCCACCGCUACCACCUGAAUACAGUGAUCAGUUUGACUCAAUACAGCAGUCCAGGGACAUGUCUACUAUGGGUAGCUUGGGAUCCUCUUCAAGGAGCAGGCAAAGGUUCAACCUCAACCAGUAUCUUCCCCAUCACUAUCCUUCAGACAUGUCGGAACCUCAGAACACAGCCAAUGGAGUCUCCAGUAAUUAUAAAGAACCAUACGAUCCUUAUGCUGUAGGAUACAGUAGAGACUUUGAAGCACCCCCUGUAGACAACAUGUCCAUGUCUGUGUACGCUUCCACAGCUUCGUGUUCCGAUGUGUCGGCAUGCUGUGAAAUGGAGUCUGAGGUCAUGAUGAGUGACUAUGAGAGUGGAGAUGAUGGACAUUUUGAAGAGGUGAUCAUUCCGCCACUCGAUCCUCAGCAGCACACAGAAGUCUGACACUCUUCCUCGUUAAAAGUGCCUGGAUGUUAAUGAACUUAAAAAUUAAAGGAUUCUAGAGAAAUCUUGGAGAGCUUAUUUUUUUUCCCCUUGGCAGUGCUUGAGCGCUUUUCUUUCAGUGAGCUAAAACUGGCAUGGCUGCACUGGAUCAUAUGGUUCAUUUCAAUGUAUUAACCAAUCCUCCAUUUUCUGACCUCCUGCAGUUUGACUGGUCACAGGUCUCCCACUGGCUGUGCCACCCCUCCCCCAGUGUUUUUUGUACCUACAUUGUCUAUGUUAAAGAAAGAAAGCAAAAACACAUACCACUUUGUCAUUUUAGCAUGAUAAAUGUAUUUAUAUCAUUCGAGAACAAAUCAUUUUUAUCUUAUCUCUUUGUAAAUUUUAUGUACAGUUUUGAUUUCAUUAAUUUUAAUUAGAUUUUUGUAGAUAAUUUCCAUUUGAUUUCCACUGAUUUUAGUGGUGUUUAGUGUGCCAUUAAACCAAACCCACUUCCUCCUCCCCUGGGUUUAUAUUACAUUCAGGAAUUCGCUGUAUUUCUGUUCCUUCUCACAAAUGUUUAACAUUUCAUUUAUGGACUUCAGUGUAACCCUGCAUUUCCAAGUGUACAUAAUUUCCACUUGUAAAAGACAUCAGAUGUUUUCCCAGCAAGAAACAGAAAAAUGUCCUACAUAGGUUUGUGUACUCUAGAACAGUAAACAUUUUUUUCCUUUCAUGAAAAGUGUGUUGGGAGCCCACUGCAUACCUGUUUAGAACCAAAACCACUUGGCACAGUUUUUAUAGUGUCUGUAUAUUUGUGAUGCAACGGUCUUGUAAAGGUUUUUACUGAAAUCUACCAUUAGCCAGUCUUUCUUACUGACAAUAAAUUAUUAAUAAAAUA